AUGGUACUACUAGGGAUAAUCAUAAGCUUCUUGUUCUUUAAUUACAUUUUAUCUUCUGAAAAUGUUACCUUCUCACUCAAUUCAAAGUUUUCAAAUGUUUCAUCCGUGAGUUUUGUUAAGCGAUCACGACAUCAAGAAGCACCAAUGUUUAUUGUGGAAGAUCAAUCAGACUUAUACUCCUCUGCAGUCCAUUACCCUUCACGUACAUACUACCGUUCAUUUUAUAAACUAGCAUUGCUCAGAAUAAUUAAACUAACAUUUUUUUUAGCUCUUGGUGGAAGAUUAGAAAAAGUUUGGCAAAAAGCAUAUGAGAAAGCAAGGAAAGUAGUUGAAAAGAUGUCAAUAACAGAAAAAGUAAAUUUAACAACUGGUACAGGUUGGGGUUCUGGUCCUUGUGUCGGUAAUACUGGUUCUAUUCCAAGAUUAGGAAUCCCCAAUCUUUGUUUACAAGAUGGUCCUAAUGGGGUUAGAUUCACCGAUUUUGUAACUCAUUUCCCAUCUGGACUUGCAGCCGCAUCAACUUUCAACAAAGGAUUAAUGUAUCUCAGAGGUAAAGCAAUUGGAAAAGAGCAUAGAAAAAAAGGAGUUCAUAUUGCAUUGGGCCCAGUUAUUGGUCCAAUGGGAUUAAAAGCUGCUGGCGGUAGGAAUUGGGAAAGUUUUGGUGCAGAUCCAUAUUUGCAAGGAGUAGGUGGUGCUGCUACAGUAGAAGGAAUACAAGAUGAAGGGGUCUUGGCAACUGCAAGACAUCUCAUUGGUAAUGAACAAGAGCAUUUUAGACAAGUUGGUGAAUGGGAAGAAAAUGGUUGGGAGAAAUUAGAAUCGGCCAUAAGUUCAAAUAUCGGUGAUAGGGCAAUGCAUGAAGUAUAUUUAUGGCCAUUUGCCGAUGUGGUUAGAGCAGGGGUUGCAAGUGUUAUGUGUUCUUAUAAUCAAGUCAAUAAUACUUAUGCUUGUGAAAACUCCUAUCUUUUGAACUAUCUCUUGAAAGAAGAAUUAGCAUUUCAAGGUUAUGUGGUCUCCGAUUGGGGUGCUCAACAUAGUGGUGUCAAUUCAGCUUUAGCUGGUCUAGAUAUGACAAUGCCCGGAGAGGUUUUCGAUGAUUGGUUGACAGGGAAAUCAUAUUGGGGUCCACUUUUGACUCGUGCAGUUUAUAAUGGUACUGUUAGCCAAGAAAGGUUGAAUGAUAUGGCAACACGAAUUUUGGCUCCAUUUUUUGCUAUUGAAAGUGUUCAGUUACCUUCAGAAGAAGAUGUUCCUAAUUUCAGUUCUUGGACCCAUCAUACAUACGGACAAGAAUUCCCAUAUCAACAUUUUGGUCCUAUAAUACAGAAGAAUUGGCAUGUUGAUGCCCGUUCAGAAUUUGGUGAUAAUACAGCUCUUACUGUUGCAAAGGAGGCUAUUGUUUUAUUGAAAAAUACUGGUCAUCAUUUGCCAAUUGAUAAAGGUGAUGGUGUAAGAAGAUUACUAAUUGCUGGUAAAGGUUCUGGCCCCGAUCCUAAUGGAUUUAAUUGCAAAGAUCAGCGGUGUAUAGACGGAGUUCUUACUUCAGGUUGGGGUUCAGCUGCGGUAAACAAUCCUUUUGUUAUAACUCCAUAUGAAGCAAUAGCCAAGAAAGCAAGGGAAAGAGGAAUAGUAAUUGACUAUUCUAGCAAUGUUUGGGAAUUGGACAAUAUGGAAGAUCUUGCCGACUAUGCAGACAUGGCUAUUGUUGUUGUGAAUACAUUUUCAGGAGAAGGUUAUGUUUAUGUUGAAAACAAUUUUGGUGACCGUCAGAAUUUGUCCUUAUGGCACAAUGGUGACGAGUUGAUCGAUACGAUUGCCUCAAAAUGUCGUAAAACCGUUGUGGUAGUCACAUCUACCGGGCCAGUAAACAUGGAGAAGUGGAUUGAGAAUGAAAAUGUUGUGGCUGUGAUAUUUGCUGCUCCUUUGGGUCAAUUUGUUGGUCAAGCCAUUGCAGAUGUAUUGUUUGGAGACGUAAAUCCAUCUGGGAGACUACCAUUCACACUAGCUAGAAAGAAACAACAUUAUGUUCCUAUCAUUGAUGAUCUAGGAGGAGAAAAGAACCCACAAGAUAAUUUCGACCGUGAUAUAUACUUAGAUUACCGGUUUUUUGAUAAACAUAAUAUUAAACCAAGAUUUGAAUUCGGAUAUGGAUUAUCCUACACUUCUUUCAAGGUUUGCAAUUUAAAAAUCUCGGAAAUAAAUCCACCUUCAGAAUAUUUACCAUAUCCACAAGAAUACCUACCUCCAUUUAAGACAGUAGAGGAUGACGUCUGUGAUCCAGAAGAUGCCUUGUUCCCUCAUGAUGAGUUUGACCCAGCACCUGGUUAUAUUUAUCCAUAUUUAUAUAAUGAAAAUAUCAGAUCAAUAGAAGAUGAUGAUACCUUUGACUUUCCUCGUGGUUUCACACCCGAUCAGCCAACCAGUCCAGUUUUGGCUGGUGGUGGUCUAGGUGGAAAUCCAGCACUUUGGGAAGUGCUUUAUGAAGUUAGUGCUGAAAUCACCAAUGACGGAAAGUUUAAAGGUGGCUAUGUGAGUCAAUUAUACAUUGAAUUCCCAAGUACAAUUUUAGCCUCCCCACCUCGUGUUCUUCGAGGUUUUGAAAAAGUAUUCUUGGAACCUGGGAAAUCCACCAAAGUAAAUUUCAACAUUUUGCAUAGGGAUUUAAGUAUCUGGGAUCCAUUAUCCCAACAAUGGAUAAUACAAACCGGAACAUACAAGGUGUAUCUUUCAUCAUCUAGUAGAAAGGUUGAGCUUUGUGGUGAAAUUGAUAUUGGCUGUUGA